AAAAAAAAAGAAAAAAUGAAGAUUGUCAUUUCACCCUUGUAUACUAACAAUUUUCCCACUAAAUUUGAUUGAUCGGUGUCUCAUAAACAAGUAGGCAAGCUAUCCUUGAAAAUCCGAGAAAUUCGUCACCUUGUUCAUCCGGGCGGUUUAGUUUCUUGUGAACCAAUGCAGUUUCUGUUAAUCCGAAAUCGAACCUACUGUUCAAGUGUUCCCAUUUCUGCCACUUCUCAGAUUUCUUGGUACGCUCGUCUUGGCCAAAUCGAGAAUGCUCGAAGAGUGUUCGACCAAAUUCCCCACAAGGGUCUUGUUUCUUGGAACUCUAUAAUUGCUGGCUACUUUCAAAACAACCAACCCACUCAAGCUCGGCGCCUGUUUGAUAAAAUGCCUGAACGAAACACUGUUUCUUGGAAUGGGUUAAUUUCUGGGUAUGUUAAGAACAGAAUGGUAAAGGAAGCUCGACAAGUGUUUGAUACAAUGCCUGAAAGAAAUGUUGUUUCUUGGACUGCCAUGGUUAGAGGGUAUGUAGAGGAUGGGUUGAUUUCAGAAGCUGAGUCUCUUUUUUGGCAAAUGCCGGAGAAGAAUGUUAUAUCGUGGACAGUGAUGUUGGGUGGCCUAAUUCAGGACCGUCGGAUUGAUGAGGCUCGCCGGCUUUUUGAUAUGAUGCCAAUGAAGGAUGUAGUUACUAGGACAAAUAUGAUAUCGGGGUAUUGUCAGGAAGGUCGUUUGGAUGAAGCCCGUGAGCUUUUUGAUGAGAUGCCUCGCAGGAAUGUGAUUGCUUGGACUACUAUGCUUUCGGGUUAUGUCCAGAACCAACAGGUGGACAUUGCUAGGAAGCUUUUUGAGGUGAUGCCAGAGAAGAAUGAGGUCACGUGGACAGCAAUGCUUAUGGGUUACACUCACUGCGGACGGAUUGAAGAGGCCUCGGAGCUUUUUGAUGCGAUGCCCAUUGAGUCAGUUGUUGCUUGCAAUGCAAUGAUUCUAGGACUUGGCCAUAAUGGGGAGGUUGUUAAAGCAAGGAAAGUAUUUGAUCAAAUGAGGGAGAAGGACGAUGGGACGUGGAGUGCAAUGAUAAAGGUUUAUGAACGUAAAGGGUUUGAAUUGGAAGCACUUGAUUUGUUUGCUCUGAUGCAAAGACAAGGAAUUCCAUCCAAUUUUCCUUCUUUGAUCAGUAUUCUGUCUGUUUGUGCUAGCCUGGCAAGUCUUGAUCAUGGUAGACAGGUGCAUGCCAAGUUGUUGAGAUCUUACUUUGAUUCUGAUGUAUAUGUUUCCUCAGUGUUAAUCACAAUGUAUAUCAAAUGUGGUGAUCUUGUUAAGGCAAAAUGGGUGUUUGAUAGGUUUUCUCCUAAGGAUAUUGUUAUGUGGAAUUCUAUAAUUACAGGGUUUGCACAACAUGGUUUGGGUGAGGAAGCUUUACAAGUAUUCCAUGAAAUGUGCUCUUCAGGCAUUGCAGCAGAUGAUGUUACUUUUGUUGGAGUUCUCUCAGCUUGUAGCUAUACAGGAAAGGUUGAAGAAGGGCUUGAAAUUUUUGAGUCCAUGAAAACCAAGUAUCUAGUGGACCCAAGAACCGAACAUUAUGCUUGCAUGGUUGAUCUGCUAGGUCGAGCUGGUCGUUUGAGUGAGGUUAUGAAUUUAAUUGAAAAGAUGCCAGUUGAACCAGAUGCUAUUAUUUGGGGUUCCUUAAUGGGUGCAUGUAGGACACACAUGAACUUGGAUUUGGCUGAAGUUGCAGCAAAAAAACUUUUACAACUCGAGCCCAAAAAUUCCGGGCCGUAUAUUUUGCUAUCAAACAUAUAUGCAUCAAGAGGUAGAUGGGCUGAUGUUGAAGAGCUGAGGAAAAACAUGAGGUCAAGGAAGGUGAGCAAGUCACCUGGUUGUAGCUGGAUUGAGGUGGAGAAGAAAGUCCAUAUGUUUACUGGAGGAGAAAGCAUGCCUCAUCCUGAGCAUUCAAUGAUCAUGAGGAUGUUAGAAAAACUAGGUGGGCUGUUAAGAGAAGCUGGGUAUUCUCCUGAUGGUAGCUUUGUGCUUCAUGAUGUAGACGAAGAAGAGAAGGUGCAUAGCUUGGGACAUCAUAGUGAGAAACUUGCAGUAGCAUAUGGCCUUUUGAAGGUGCCUGAAGGAAUGCCUAUUCGUGUAAUGAAGAACCUUCGAGUUUGUGGAGACUGCCAUUCUGCAAUUAAAUUAAUAGCAAAGGUCACAGGGCGAGAGAUCAUAUUGAGGGAUGCCAAUAGAUUCCAUCACUUUAAGGAUGGGUUAUGUUCAUGCAAGGACUAUUGGUGAUUUCAGUUUAUGGUCUUGGUGUAAUGGACAUGCAUAUGACACCAGUUAGCAAGUGGUAAAUCUAUUGUUCAAGAGGCCCAUGAUCAUAUUAUCUGCUCUGGACUGGACUGUUCUUACCUGGAAGGAAGAUGCGACAAAUUGAGUUUGAACCAUCUUUUCAACCAUUUUGAUUUACCAUUCAAUCAAAUGGUGUGUGGAAUACAUGGUGCGAAGUUGCACUUCCUAUUUAGUGCAACAUUUGUUCAGGUAAUUGAAAACUCGUGUGUGCCUACUUGAGCAAUGAGAAGCCUUCAGGAUUGUGGGGACUGCCAUGCUGCUAUGAAAUUAAUAACAGAAGUCAGAGGGAGGAAGAUUAUUUUUGAGGGCGCAGAAGUGCAGAUAUAUGCCAUCAUUUUAAGGGUCGGGUGUGGUCUUACAGGGACUAUUGGUGAUUGCACAGUGACUAAUCUUGAACAGUUUGACAAAAUAAUAAAAAGGACAUAUUAAUGUUGUUAUGUAAAAAAUUGACAUGUUCAAAGGAUCAUCUGCUCCAAACAGAUCUUUUGUGUGAGGCGAACAAGGGUGAGAUGAAGAUUGGGAAAAAGACAGAUGAUCUUUCGUCGAUCCCCGAUUAUAAGUUCUCGUUGACCACCGAACAAGAAAAAUUUCAAUUAUUUCAACUACAUUGAAUGAUCUUUCGAAUUGGUCAAGACUAUCCAGUUUAUAGCUGCCUCUCUGUGGUGAUAUAACAAACUGUAUUUGAAUAUGCAAUUAUAAAGAGUUGAUCAUAAUAGUUAGCAUGCAAAUUUUUGAAGCUUGAAGUUCAUACAAACUAAGGUAACCUUUAUGUGUGACUUUAUUAAUCCUUCAUCAUGUUUAAUUUUGCAGCUAUUGCUGUAACCAAACUGAAUUUGUGAUUGGGUUUUAAAGACUGAAAUCUCUCUCCUAUCAACUAAGGCUCUUUUUUUUUUUUUUUGGAAAGGAGGCAAUUUUGUAUUUAUCAUUUGUUACAAUUCUAAUUUGGAUGCUAUUUGAUGAAACAAUUGAAUUC